UUUGUCGCAAGCCAACAAUGGUGUAACUGUAAUGUAAACGAUAUGGAAGACGACGAUCCGAGCCACCAAGCGUUCGCUACCGGAACCCUAGAUUCGGCAUUGCAGAAGAAGCACCAUGACAUGCUCGAACGCCUCUCUGCUCGCCACCAAGCUCGAAAAUCCGAUUCACCUGACUCUUCCUCGUCUUCUUCGUCUUCCACUCUCGAAUCGACCUCCUCGUUCCUCGCCCGAUUCGCCGAUUCCAAGCGGUCCAUCGAGUCUCGAAUCGUCGAGUCACGACUCGCCUCCUCCUCCGCAGAUUCUUCCAAGCUCAAAUCGGAUCUCGCUGAGAUCUCAUUAGUGAUUGCCAAUCUCGAGAAGCUUCUCGCCGAGAACUCUUAUUUCCUUCCCUCCUACGAGGUUCGAUCCUCUCUCAAAGUUGUAUCUGAUCUCAAACAGAGUCUCGAUAGCCUCUCCAGCGAGUUAGUCCCAAAGAAGAAAUUCUCUUUCAAGACCAAAUCGUCUUCUACAAAGCCGGAAUCCAAACCCCCCGAGAUCAAGAAACCCGAUUUCGUCUCACUCCCGAAAGUUCCCGUGCGCGAUUCUCCGGGAUUCAGGAACAAACACAAAGAGACUCUGGUGAAAAGCUUCAAAGGCUCGUCCAUCGGAGAAUUCACACUGUCGGAUCUCGAUUCCUGUCGAGUAGAAUUGACCGGAACUGUCAACGCUCUCUUCCUUCACCGAUUGAAGAGCUGCAAUGUCUACACUGGUCCAGUGAUUGGUUCGAUUCUGAUCGACGACGUAGAAGAUUGUGUUCUUGUGCUGGCCUCGCAUCAGAUCAGGAUCCAUUGCGCAAAAAAGAGUGAUUUCUACCUGAGGGUAAGAAGCCGUCCCAUAAUCGAAGACAGCAAUGGUGUCAGAUUCGCGCCUUAUAGCUUGGAUUACUCAGGGAUCGAGGAAGACUUGAAGAAGGCGGGUUUGGAGGAGGAGACGAAGAGCUGGGCCAAUGUGGAUGAUUUCUUGUGGCUGAGAGCCGUACAGUCGCCUAACUGGUCCGUUUUGCCGGAAGAAGAAAGGCUUUAUCCGGUUUCUAUAUCCGGCGAUGAUGGAGAUUCUUGAUCAGAGAUCAUCAGCAACAACCCGACUGGUGUCUAAAAGCUGCACAAUCAUACUCUGUAAAACCAUGAAUUUGGCAAGUCCACCAGCAAGUGUCAGUGCACGGUCCAAAACAGGGGCCAUCAACAGAUACCGCAUUUGCUUGUUCUGCAAAUAAUAAAGAUUAGUUAAAAAAAUUAAUGUGUAAAUCCCCAUAAAUAUAAUGCUUGUCCAACCUGUAAUGAUUAGAUCUCCCAAAAAAAAGGGAAAAGAAGACAGAAGAUUAACCUGCAAUGACCAACAACAAAAUCAUUGUGAUGGUACUAACAACAUCUAAAUAUCUGAUUUUAUUC